ACCCACCCUCCCCCUUACUUCACUUCACCCCCUAUAUAUAUCUAUAUAUAUAUAUAUACUCAACCUUGAAACAAUCCCAAUUCAUCACACCUCUUCUCUCUUGUACUUGUAUCAUUCAUACAUCUAAAGCACCUUCUUAUCCCCCUCUUGCUUUCUCCUUCUUUAAACACACAAUUCAAUUAGUCAACAAAAACAAUGGAUGGCAUAAGCUUAAGCAGCACAGAAGAAAGCACAACCAGCGACUCCAUAUCCAUUUCACCCAACAAUCAUCUUCUUCCUACUACUGUCGCUAUUUCCCCAAUUGCCAAGUCGUCACCCCACGCCAACAGCCUCUGCCGCCUCGGCAGCGGAGCCAGCAGCGUCAUUCUCGACUCCGAAAUCAGCAGCGGCGGCGGCGGCAUCGGCAUCGAAGCUGAGUCCCGCAAGCUCCCCCUCUCCAAAUACAAGGGCGUCGUCCCCCAGCCCAACGGCCGCUGGGGCGCCCAGAUUUACGAGAAGCACCAGCGCGUCUGGCUUGGCACCUUCAACGAGGAGGACGAGGCCGCCAAGGCUUACGACGUCGCCGCCCAGCGCUUCCGCGGCCGCGACGCCGUCACCAACUUCAAGCCCUCCGCCACCGCCACCUCCACCGACGACGACGAAAGCGACGACCUCGAGGCCGCCUUCCUCAAUACUCAUUCCAAGUCCGAAAUCGUCGACAUGUUGAGGAAGCACACUUACAAUGACGAGCUGGAGCAGAGCAAGCGAAACAACUACGGCUUCCUCGACGCCAACGGGAAGCGGGCCAGGGCCCACGGCCCACUGGGCCCGUUCGGGUCCGACCGGGUCCCGAAGGCGCGUGAGCAGCUUUUCGAGAAAGCGGUGACCCCGAGCGAUGUCGGGAAGUUGAACCGUCUCGUGAUCCCAAAGCAGCACGCUGAAAAGCACUUUCCGUUACAAAGCGGAAACAACUUCAACAACCACACUACCACUAGCACGAGUGGCGGUUCUGCUUGCAAAGGCGUGCUUUUGAAUUUUGAGGACGUCGGGGGAAAAGUGUGGAGGUUCAGGUACUCGUACUGGAACAGCAGUCAAAGUUACGUGUUGACCAAAGGGUGGAGCCGGUUCGUGAAGGAGAAGAACCUGAAAGCCGGUGACAUUGUGAGCUUCCAGAGGUCGACGGGACAGGACAAGCAGCUUUACAUUGAUUGGAAGCCCAGGAUGAAUGUGAAUAAUAAUAACACUAGUGGUGUUGGGUCGAACCCGGUUCAGGUUCAGCCGGUUCAGAUGGUUCGGCUAUUUGGGGUCAACAUUUUCAAAAUACCUGGGAGCGGGGGUGGGGCUGUUGUGGAUGCUGCAACUGCUGCUAUUGGUGGAGGUUCUUGCAACAAUAAUAUAAAUAAUGUUGGGAAAAGAAUGAGAGAGAUGGAGUUGUUGGAAUUAGAGUUUAGCAAGAAGCCAAGGAUCAUUGGAGCUUUGUAACCAUUUUUUUUCUUUCUGUUUUUACUGCCUUUUGCCCUUUUUUGUGAAGUUGCAAAAAAAAAAAAAAAAAA